CAUCCACCCUCACCCGUGUGAUGCCAACACUGACCAGGGUUUGCUGGGGGCGGCAUCAGAGCUUGGCUCUGUCCUGGCUGCCUGGACCUUCCCACGACCCAAGCUCCUAUUCCAGGGCUCGUCCAUCUAUUUAAAGCACACGGAGAAGGAGGGAAAAAUGCGCUGGGAGCGUCGCGCGUGCGCGGGGGGGAGACGGCGCCAAAUAUUCCGUCUGCUUUAGAGGCCGAUAGCCGGGGAUCCCACGGCUCUUUAGCUCGGUUGUUUUCCUUCCCCUUUUAGCAAGACAUGCCUGCAAACUCUUGGACCCUAUUAGGGGUUAGAAAACCGACUGCCGGGCGAGGGAGUAAAUCAAGCCCUUGAAAAACAACAGCAUCUUAAAAAAAAAAAGCAAAAGCAGGAACGGGGUGAGUUUUUCCCGUAGAAAAGCGUCACCAAGCCAGAGCAGCCGAAACUUUGGGAUGGGAGCUCGGAGCCGGCCGUGCCGGGGGGGAAGGGGAAGACAGCGAGGGACCAACAAGCAAGCGGGAGCCGAACCACGCUACAGGAAGCCGUGGCCUCCGGUGAUAAAUAGGAGACCCGGGAGUACAGGAUGCGCGUAGGGCGAGCUCGGCGGGACGAGGGGAUGUGAGCCGGCAUUCCUGGUCCCCGUGUCCGUGUGUCCGUCCGUCCAGCCGCCGGGAUGGCCGCGGCCUGGCUGCUGCUGCUGCUGCUGGCGCUGGCGGUGCCGGGCUCUGGCGGGGAGGAGGUGGAGGUGGUGUGCGCCGACAACGCCUGCUACACCCUGCACCGGGAUGAGCUGGGCUGGAAGGGCGCCCAGGAGCGCUGCCGGCACAACGGCGGCAACCUGGCCAGCGUGGGCAGCCCCGGCGAGGCCGAGCGGCUGCGGGAGCUGCUGGAGGCGGCCGGGGGGCACGGCCCGGCCUGGAUCGGGCUGUGGCUGCAGCGGGGACACUGCGUGCAGCCGCAGGAGCCGCUGCGGGGAUUCUCCUGGGUGGCCGGCGGGGAGCCCGGCAACUUCUCGGCGUGGGCGUCGGAGCCGUCGAUGACCUGCACGAGCGCCCGCUGCGCCAGCCUGCGGCCCCACGGGCCCCACGGCCCCGCCGGCUGGGCCGACCGGCCCUGCCGCCUCCCGCUGCCCGCCUUCCUCUGCAAGUUCAGCUUCCAGGGAAUGUGCGGCCUCCUGCCGCUGGCCGGGCCCGGCCGGGUCACCUACACCACCCCCUUCGGGGUGCGCAGCUCCCGGCUGGCGGCGGCUCCCUUCGGCACCUUGGCGGAGGUGGAGUGCGAGGGGGGCCGGAGCCCGGCCUUCGCCGUCUGCAAGGGGCAGCUGGACGGAGGGGGCUUCGCCUGGGCCCCCCCUGGGCCCCUGUGCCCCGUGCCCUGCGCCCACCGCAACGGGGGCUGCCAGCACCGCUGCCUGGAGGUGCCCGGGGAGCCCCCGCGCUGCUCCUGCCACCCCGGCUACUCCCUGGCUGCCGACAUGGCCUCCUGCGUGCCCGAGGACUCCUGCCAUCCCAACCCCUGCCAGGGCACCUGCCGGGCCCGUCCCGGCGGCAUCGAGUGCGGCUGCGAGGCCGGAUACGCCCUGGCCCCCGACGGCCGGAGCUGCCUGGACGUGGAUGAGUGUCUGUCCGGGCCGUGCCAGCACCAGUGUCACAACACUCCCGGGGGCUUCGUGUGCCUGUGCCCGCCCGGCUACCUCCCGGCGGGGCCUGGUGGCCUCCACUGCCACGACCUGGACGAGUGUGCCCAGCCCGGGGUGUGCCCGCAGCUCUGCAUCAACGUGCCCGGCUCCUUCAGCUGCGCCUGCCGGCCCGGCUACCAGCGCCAGCCGGGCGGGGAUUCCUGCCUGGAUGUGGACGAGUGCCUGCGGGAUCCCUGCCCCGGGCCCUGCCGCAACCUGCCCGGGGGCUACGAGUGCGUGUGCCCGCCCGGCUUCGUCCCGGAGGAGGAGGAGGAGGAGGGGGGAGGACGCGGCUGCCGCCCCGCAGCCACCGCCGGAGAGGAGCCCGCGGAGGUCCCCGACAGCCCCCCGGGGACCACCAGCGUCCCGCGGAGCACGGGCCCCUCGUGGGCCGCCAGCACCCCGCGCAGCACGGGCGCCUCGUGGACCGCGAGCAUCCCACGGACUGCGGGAAUCCCCGCCGGGGCGACUCCGGCGGCGCCCACGGAGGAGGGAGUGGGCCCCGGCUCGGAGCACAGCGCCGACGGCCCCCGCCUGCUCCUCUACUACAUCCUGGGCAGCCUGGUGGCCAUCCUGCUCCUGCUGGCCUUCGCCCUGGCCCUCGUGGCUUGCAGGAGGAGGGCCGCCAAGAAGGAGAAGCGGCCGGCCAAGAGCGCGGCGGAUAAUUAUUGCUGGGUGCCCGAGCAGCCCGAGAGCCGCGGGCAGGGCGGGGAGCGCAGGUAGGAGGGAGGCGGGGAGAGCGGGGGGAUCGAAAGUGGAAGUAAAAGAGAGAGGUGGGGAGGGGGAUGCUGU